UCUAUAUAUGCUCAAAACUACUGGCCUUUAUAGAAGACGACCGUUCGUUUUUUGGGCUUCGUCGUCCGUGUAGUUACUUCCUUUCUUGGCAUUAUUAUAAAAAUAAAAAUAAAAAUAAAUCAAAGCCAGGUUCGUUAAGAAAAGAAAAAGGAUCGUACGAGCAGCAAAUCGAGGAAGAAAUGGAGGAAUGGAACGCAAAAGCGUUUAAUCAGUUGGUUUUAUUCCUCGUCUCUGCGGCGCUUCUCUCCUUAUCUUCCAUUAACGCAUCGGAUCAGACAACCAAUGGAGGCAGUGGUAGCAGAGUAUUAUUAGUUUUCAAAGAAAAACCUGAGGGAAGUAACCUUACCUUCGAUUGCUCUCCCUCUGGUGCUUGCGUUCCCUGCCAAUACUCUGAGAAGACUGAUGAAAAGUAUCGUUGCAGUGAAACGGGUUAUCGAAUCCCCUUAAAAUGUAUAGAAACUAAAGACAACAUAAAGAAUGGAAAUGAUAAAAAAUCUCAAAAGACUCGAUCUGUUAUAGAGAUCUCUAAUGAAAAUGCAAAUCCACAUGCUAUGCUGCAUGAUGCUGCAUCAAACGAGCAAAGAAGUUUACUGGAUGAUUCAUCCACGUUAGAGGAUGGGUCACAGGCUUACAUUACAUAUAGAAGCUGUAUUCCGCCAGUUAAUGAAGAGAAGUUGUCGGUACUUGGUUUUGAGGGGAUUAUUCUUUGUUUGUUCCUAAUAAGUGGCUCGGUUGUGUACUUCCGAAGAAAGCAGACGGUUACCAUGUCAGGAGUUGGGGGAGGGAGAAUUCAGAUGAAUUCCAGAUUUUAACUCAGGUUUUCGAGUUUUGAGACAGAAGUUUCUCGCUACUGAGUUUGGGCAUAUAACAGUGACUUCCUUAUAUGAAGCCAGGUUUUAAUGAAGACAGAAGUUUCAAUGCUAUUGAGUUUGGUAUAUAACAGAGGCUUAACAACCAUUUGCGGCAUGCAAUUGGUUUUCUUUUUAUUCUCAAUUUUAUAGCGAAGUGUAAAAUGUUUUCUUAAUAGCCUCUGUGAAAUCACUGGAUCAUUGGUAAAUGUAAUUUUAAGUUCAGUAGCAAGGCGAAUGUUCAUUAUUCAUUUUU